AUGGGUACGGCCCGGCGCGAGAUUUACACCCUCUCCCCCGGAUUUUCAAGGACCGGCGAGGGCUCGCCCGGACGCCGCCGGAGCCGCGACGCUUUCCAGGGCGCGGGCCCCUAUCUCGGGGCGAACCCAUUCCAGGGACGGCCCCAGCCCUUCACAAAGAAAAGAGAACUCUUCCCGGGGCCCCCGCCAGCUUCUCCGGGAUCAUCUGCACCCGCGGCGGCUCCACCCGGGCCCUCGCCCCAAGGCUUCUGCGCUCACCGCGGCGGCCCUCCUACUCGUCGCGGCGUAGCCCCCGAGGGCUCAGACUGCGCGGCCGGCGACGGCCGGGUAUGGGCCCGACGCUGCAGCGCCAUCCAUUUUCAGGGCCGGUCGAUUCGGCAGCCGACAUCGCCGCAGACCCCGGGCGCCACUGCGUGGACCGUUCCCCGCCCGGCGACGCGCCGCGGUCAGGCCGCACUGAGGACAGUCCGGGCCCAGUCGACGGUCGCGCCGGGAGCGGGGGGUCCCGGACCCUCUCCACCCCGGGUCCCCGACUGCGAACGGGUCGGGGUGAGGUGUGGGCGUGGGAGGGAGGGCGCGGCGGCAGGUCUUGUUCCUCGGCCCCGGCGAGCGGCCGUUCGCGGCGGGGGGGGAUAUAACGCUCGGCGGGGGGUCCGCCGAGCCACCUUCCCGAAAACCCCCGGGCCAUGCAGAGCCGGGCCGGAGCCGGUCGCGGCGCACCGCCGCGGAGGCAGUGCGUCCGACGGGGAGGCCGCAAAGGGCGGGCCGCCGCGCGCGGGGUGGGACGUAGGCGGGUUGGGAGAGGGCGAAGCGGGACCGCGACCGACGGCGACGAAACGCCGGGCUCCGUCCGCCGCCGCCGCCGCGACCUCCAGCCUGCCCUCGCCGCCCGCUACCCGCCGCCCGCCCCCCGCGCGAGCUUUCCCGGGCCCUCGGCACCCCGCCGGGUUAAACCCUCCGGGCGGACUGCGCGGACCCCAUCCGUUUACCUCUCGACGGUUUCACGCCCUCUUGAACUCUCUCUUCAAAGUUCUUUUCAACUUUCCCUCACGGUACUUGUUUGCUAUCGGUCUCGUGCCGGUAUUUAGCCUUAGAUGGAGUUUACCACCCGCUUUGGGCUGCAUUCACAAACAACCCGACUCCGAGAAGACCCGAACCCGGCGCGACGGGGGCCUCCACCGGCCUGACACCGUCUGCGGGAGCCUCGAUCAGAAGGGACUUGGGCCCCACGGUCGACGCCGAGAACGCGGUCUUCUGUACGCCACAUUUCGCGCGCCCGCAGGGGCGGGCGGCGAUUCGGCGCUGGGCUCUUCCCUCUUCACUCGCCGUUACUGGGGGAAUCCUGAGUCAGAGGCCUGGCAACCCCCCGGAGGAGGUUCCAGAGCGGCGCCGCCGCGAACGUCCGUCCCCCGCCGGCCGUGCGGGGCGGGGACAGGCGACGGGCUGCCUCUAGUUUCGGAGGGCCGCAAAAAAGGAAGCCAUCGGGGGAACGGCGCACGCCGGCCAGGGGCUGCUCCGCAGGCUUACGAGGCUCGCGUCUCCGACGACGGCGGCCCGGAGCGCGCGUUCGCUGCCCCGCGGCGCCUCGGGCGAGGACUGUGGGGGGUGCCGCACCCGCGGACUCCCCGCCUCGCCGCGCCGAGCUCCCCCCCAAACAUGCGGCGGGGUUUCUCCUCCGGGUCUGCUUUUAGGGGGACGAAGGGGAGCAGAGUCCCCUGCGAUGCCACCCCCAGCCGCGCCCGACCUCACCCCGGGGUGGGGCGGGACGGGCUCUUGCUCAUUCCAAUUGCAGGGCCUCGAAAGAGUCCUGCAUUGUUAUUUUUCGUCACUACCUCCCCGUGUCGGGAGUGGGCGCAGAAACUACCGUCGAAAGUUGAUAGGGCAGACAUUCGAAUGAGUCGUCGCCGUCACGGGGGUGGACGUGCGAUCGGCCCGAGGUUAUCCAGAGUCACCAAAAGGCGUCCGGGAGGCAAGACGCCCCCGCGGACAGGGUUUUUUUUUCGGUCUGAUAAAUGCACGCAUCGCCGGCCCCAAGGUCCCCUCCCUUCCUCCUCGUCCCCGGGAGAGGGAUGGCGGUCGGGCGCUGCCGCCGGAGUGGCGGGCGCCGCUUGCAGACGGCUCGGAGACAGCCAGGAGACAGCUCGGCGGUCCCGGGGGGACUGCUUGAGGCGAGUGAAAGCAUUCACGAGGCCCCAGGUAGGACGCGCCACAAACAGGGACACAAGCCCGUCUGGUCAUUCCCCGGGGGCUCGAUGCAGAACAACUGCAACUGCCUGGGGACUUAUCGGCCUCACCGGGAAGGGAAGCUGCGGCGAACAGAUGGGCGCACCACAUAUAAAGCGUGUCCGAGAGAUCGUGAGAAAGGGGGGAGGAACCACUGUGCCUGAACACCGGCGCGAGGCCGGCCCGCAGGGGCCCUCCUUCGUCGGACUGCGACAGCCAAUCGUUAUUACACGGAGAAGCAGAAGUCCGGGCCUGAACCUGCCCGCGCGAGACCUCCAAGGCUGGCCGUCCCCUGACGGAUCAGGGGCCGGACGCGGACAAGGAACGCACUCUGGAAGGGACAGACCGGGCGGGCGCCGAACACUUGGGGAACGGCGUCCGUCCGGGCCUGAACCUGCCCGGCGUGAGACCUCCAAGGCCGGCCGUCCCCUGACGGAUCUGGGGCCGGACGCGGACGAGGAACUCACUCUGGAAGGGACAGACCGGGCGGGCGCCGAACACUUGGAGAACGGCGUCCGUCCGGGCCUGAACCUACCAGGCGCGAGACCUCCAAGGCCGGCCGUCCCCUGA